AUGCGACGAUCGGCAGGAAGUCGUUUGGAUCUAAAAAGAAAGCCCAGCAAUGAAUCGGCGAUUAGUAGUGACAUUCAAAGCAAAGAAAUGCAAUUUAAAAAUUUACUCUUUGAACGCACGAGAGCUGUCAUCCCGCGAGAUGCCAAACGCGUCAAAUUGGAUGCCAUGAGAAGAGAGCGGGAAAUGAAAGAACAAGAAUUGAUGCGUUUGGAGAAAAUGGCCAAAACUCAACAGUUGGAAGAGUCUCGGCGAAAGAAACGCGAAGAAAUCGAAAAGCAAAGACAGGACGAGAUUGUGAGGAAAGUUCAGGAAAGAGAGCUAAAGAGACAACAAAUGGAAGUAAUGCGCGAACAAGAGAUUCAGAGGCGAAGAGAGCUGUUAAUAAUGGCUGAUCUCGAAAGGGAAAGACGGCGCCAACACAUGCUAUUAGUGCGCGCUCUCGACGCCCAUAAGAAACAGGAGGAAAAGGAACGCAAAAAAGAGGAGAUUUUAGCCGAAAGGCUGAGACUUCAAGAGAAAAAGAUUCAAAAGAAGAGACUUGAAAUGGAAUUAUUGCGCGAAUUAAAGAAACCGGUGGACGACAUGAUGUUAAAAGAUUUGCAGCCCUUUCCCACACUUAACAGAAUACCUGGUCUUAAGCUUCCGGGAAAGGCAUUCGCGGACACUCUUAUGGUGUUUGAAUUUCUACAUAAUUUUGGUGAAACCUUGGGCUUUGAUAUGGACAGUCUUCCAUCACUGAAUACUCUAACUCUGGCUCUUCUCAACAUUGACGACAGCGCUGAAGACGAAUUGUUAUCAAUUAUACACCACUUGUUGGUCUGUGCUAUUGAAGACCCGGGACUUCCCGCUAAUAUCACAACAGUUAUGGGACAGAAGCUUAAAGACGCGCCAAUCACUAACUAUAACAUCACAGAAAUUAAUGCGCGAACAAGAGAUUCAGAGGCGAAGAGAGCUGUUAAUAAUGGCUGA